AUGUCGACCAUGUCCACCUUCAUGUACAACUCAAUCUUUGGCAUCGACCCGGCCGACGACUACGUCGUCUCCGGCCUCUACGUGGUCGGCCCCGACGAGCCGCUCGACAGCCCCGCGGCCAGAUUGGUCCGCGCCCGUGGCUGGGGCUCGCCCGCGACCGCGGCCCGCGCCCGGCGGCUGAUGGCCGCCCUCGACGGCGGACUCGCGCAGGCCGGGGUCGACUACGUCGUGGCCGACGGCAGCCUGCUGGGGCUGUGCCGCGGCCACGACGGCGGGUGGGUGGACUGGGACGACGACAUCGACAUCAUGAUCCCGCGGGCCGACUUUGAGCGCGACCUCAGCGGCUUGCGCACCGAUCUACGACGGCGCGGGCUCGUCUUGCGCGAGGUGGUGCCCAACGACAUGUACAAGGUGUACUUUACCGGGGCGCCGAGGGCAGGUGAUCGGGACUGGGGCUUUCCGUUCGUGGACAUCUUCGUGUUCGACGUGGACCCGACCACCCGCCGCACGUCCUCCAUCGCCGCGACCAACGGCGCCCCCGGCCCGUCGCUUUCCAUUGACUACCUCUUCCCCCCGCGCCGCGUAGUACUCGAGUCUACGUCCACCUCCACCAGGAGUCAUCGUCGCAAUGCAACCGCCGCUGACGUCACUGUCGACACCGCCGACGCCGACGCCGACGUCAAUGUAGACGUCAAUGACUUCAACAACGUCGCCGCGGGGCCGCUCGAGAUAUCGAUACCCAACCGGGCCGGGCGGUACCUGGACGCCCAGUUCGCCGGCUGGCGGCGGUGGUGCGUGGUCAAUGGGUGGAGCCACGCGCGCGAGGCCUGGGAGUCGGCCGAGGGCCUGUGGGGCGUGCAGGGCCGGUGCGAGGACAUCAUGCGGCUGCGCGGUGGCCGAAUGGCGCCGCCGUUCGUGGUCAACGGGCGAUGCCCGUCGCCCUCCUCCGAACAGGAGCUCAUCCCACUCUCCACCCCAACAAACAAAUGGUCCUGGUGGUGA